CACAAAACAGAGGAACAGGUCGAAACAGAAGCUUCUCUCUACAUAUAUCAGCUUUUCACCACACAGCUCGGUUGUUACUAAUCGUCGGAUACAAAUUGUAAUUCCAUCCGAACGAAGAGUGCAAACCCCAAGAUCCCGUGGACUCGGAUUCUUUUUCCAUAAACCUCCGAUUGGGCGAUUUUUAUUUUUUUUUUCGAUUUCGCUGAACAUUGUGCAUUCGUAUAUAGAGAUUGCAAUUGUCUCCUACAUCCAGUAUUUCUCUUUGAAAAGAACGUCCUAGUUUCGCGUAUUUUUUUCGCUUGUUCCUUUUUGAUUUUCGCGUGUUGAAUCGUCCCGCUUAGUUUGAAACAAAAUGCAUUUGCAGACAAUCAAGAGUGUUGAGGAGCUUUUCGCCUUGAGUGUUCCUGACGACAAUGCCGUUCUACUUAUUUUAUAUACUGCCGAUUCUUGGUAUUGCCUGCAACAAUUACUAGAGAAACAUAGAGUUACUUGGGAUGAGAACAUAAAGAUUACCUUGGCGAAAUUUCCACUCACGUCAGAAGAGGCCAUUCUUUGUCAGCAACAGUACUCCCUCAAGCCAUCACCUUGCGCCUGCUUGAUUGAUAAAUCAGAGGUGAAGAAAACCGUAUACUUUCCUCCGGACAGUGCCGGGUUUUUAAAACUGCUUCGCAGACUCGGUGCGGGUUUUCAUUCCAAAAAACAAAACAUACCUAAGGAGUUUUCAGCAAGUACAGAGAAAACUGUUGAGUAUGUUGCGGAGACUCGGUCGCCUACAGAAUUGCCUAAGAGACGUGUGUCCGUAGACGUGGCGCGUUUGGAAACACAAAUGCAACCAGACAAAGAUGCUUGCUACUUGAAUAUUCGUUUGCGCUCAGGAAAGUCGUUGAAAGUUUAUUUUUCUUCAGACUCGACACUCGUCGAUGUACGCGCCUGGUUGUAUAGUCAAGGCCAGGGCAAGGACUAUGAGUUCGAGCACUCAUUCCCAUAUCGGCUUUUAACAGAGUCCGAUAAUACGAAGACCUUACGAGAAUUGGGAUUCUCACCAAGUGCUACCCUCUACUUAAAGCAGACUCAGAUUCCAAGUCAAAAGCGGAGCGCCUUGCGGUAUGUAAAGUACUUGCUCCCUCCCUUAUUUGCGGUUUAUAUUUACCGUGGCAUGUACAAGUAAAUGACAAAGCUUGUAUAUUGAUUUAACGAUUACGUGGACAAGUGCCCUUUAUGAACCAUGUGCUGCACUUUUAUCCCAAAACAUCUAUUAAGCAUUUUGGGAUUCCUGAAAACGCUUAAGUAAUGCCCUUGUAUUUUAUUUUUGCAUGUUCGGACUUUCUCUUUCUUAUGUUUUUUUUUUUGCUAUGUACUCUUCAUGUUUCCUUUCACGUUAUCUAUCUCAAUUUGUUUUCGUUUAAUGCAACUUCUUUUCAACACUCCUCAUGAUGUUUAUAUCCACAGUCAAUAAUGAUGUUUCAGUCAUAGUAUUGUCUAACCAUAUUCAUUAUCGUGUUC